GUCAGAGGGACAGCCCCCAUCUCCUCCCCCCUCCCUCCUCGCACUCCUCCCUCUCCUCCUCAGCCUCCUAGGCUUCCACCCCACGCAGAACAGUCCAGCGAGCUGCAUUAGUGGCCUUGCCCCCCGGCAACUCCUGCCAAAGGCCAGAGAGAAACAGAAGUCUUUCAUCCAAGACACAUCUUCGCCCAGAGCUGGGGGACAGGUAGGGAGCUGCAGGUGAGAGAGAGGGAGGGCAGCACCUCUUCACCCAACACCUUCUCCCAAGACUGAGAAGAACAAGCUUCCAUUGGGGGACUUCAUCUACCAGAGCAGCUCCUUGCCCUGCACUUGGAACUUAAGGUCACCUCAAAAUGAUGGAACCCCAGGAGAGCGGUGUCCAGUACAGCAGGUGGAGCAACAGCCAGGAUGAGGUCAGCAUGAACAUGCAGGCCUCUGAGAGCUCCGGCUGUGAGCGGAUCUACACCAAACUAUGCACCGGGAAGCUGGGCAUCGCCAUGAAGGUGGCAGGCGGGAUCAUUGUAUUCUGGAUCAUCUUCAUCAUCGGCUACAUCACCGGCUACUAUGUCCACAAGUGCAAGUAGCGCUUGUCUGAAUCUGCUGGACACCUUUCCAGGAGCCCUCCACCUACCCAGAGACCUCUUACUUUCCUGCUCAGACCACCGGGCCAGGGCCCUGGGGCACACACACCUAUAGAUAUAGAUACACACGCACACAUACACACACACACACACACACACACACACACAGAGGCAGGGACAGUCUUUUUCUUUUUUCAGGGAGAGAGCCACAUACCUGGACUGACAGACACUCGGGCACUGUACAGAAGAGACAUAGACACAGAAAAAGACAUACACUAAUGCACAUACUUCUCCCCUGCCCCAGGAUAGAAUUCCAGAUGAAGCUGUCCACAUCCCAGCCUUCCCCUGCCACAUUCCACCCACAGGGAGAGUUACUGAAGCCCAGGACUGCAUCUCUCUCCCACCCAGCCCCUCCUUGGUUGCCCUGAUCAGAUGACCUCUCCUGGAUCUGUGGCUUGACAGCCAAAGGUCCGAGAAAGGUGGGAGAGGCCAGGGCCCAGUUCACUCAUCACUGCAGCUUCUAGGGUUCCAUUUCCACCCAUCCCUGCUCCAGUCACAGGUGGUGGGGGUAAAAUCUACCUCCCGUAGGCUGUGGCCUCUCCUCCCCACUCCCUGCCCUGCCCUGCCCCUGGCCAUGAACUCUGAUUUCAACAGAAGUUUGUUGAGGGAGAGAAAGGCAGUGGCCCACUUAUUUCCAGCAAAAUUUUUUUAAAAGAAGCAUCAUGUAUGGGAAAGAGGUACUUGACUAAAAUCCUGACAUUUAUGUUGUGUAAGCAUGGGAAAGUUGGGAAAGUCACCAUCUCUGGGCUCAGUUCCCUCAACUCUAAAAUGAGACCAGAUUUUGAAAGGUCUCUAAAUCCGUGCUUCUAUGACAAUGGUUCAACAUGGAAUCCUAGCAAAGCCCAAAAUUUCCCAUGGUCCCUGUGGGUCAGCAGGGAAAUUCAUAGCCUUAACCCCCAGGGCCCAGGGUCUUCCCCAGACUCACAGGCCCACAGCUGUGUCCCCUUUAUGUGUGUGAGGGGGGGUCUCAGACCUUCAGCUCUGGAGCUACUCUCAGAGGUAUCCCCUUUAAAGUUAGUCCUUUGCCCCCUCCCCUGGGUUUGCCCUCAAUUGCUGCAAUAAGUCCUAGGGAAUUAUAUCCCCUGGCCUACCCUGAAGGAAGAAAGCCCCAGUGAAUCUGCAUUGGGGCCCUGAUAUUUUCCAAUGACUCCUGGACACAGGUGCCACAAAGACUCUUAGAGUCAGGAGAAAGCAGCCUUCCCUCCUGAUCCGUGACCUCGCCAAAGGGGCAGAGGCUGAGCCAUGAAGGACUGGGGUGUUCUGGGGGUUGAGCCCCAGCCUCUAUGCCCCACCCCCCUUCUCGUGCCUUUCCAGAGAGGCAGAAUAAUA